AGAUGACGUGCAGAAGAUUUCGAAUGCCUUUCUUCUGAAACGAUCUUUCUAUUGAGGGAUACAACAAAGUCACAGUCCAAUCUGAGCAGACGUUUGUGAAGCAAUAUCUCAGCUCGAGGGUAUUCCUGAACCGGAAUACGUGCGGCGACGAGCAAGGCGCUGCCUCUGUGUGGAAACCCUCGGAUACUCAGUCCUCUCGUGGGUCGCUCCGUGUCGAGAGCCAGAGACGCGGAAUGUCCGAAUAUCCAUCGUCGGCGGGAAGUGGGCAGUCGUGGAUGCCAUCCCAUGCAGGGGGCGCAAAUCCAGCACAGAGUCAUCACCAGCACAGAGGCCAGCAACAGACCGUCAAUGCGCCGUUCCAAUGCGGAAUCUGUUACGACUACCUCAGCAGUAGCGUUGAUGACCUCGACGAGCACAUAUUGAAGCAUAAGAGGGAGCUGGCUGAUCGACUAGAAGUCCAGCAACAGCCCACCUGUGAGAGCCAAGACGUGGCAUACAUAUCCCAAAAUCAUCAACAAUUGGUCUAUUACGAAGGUCCGCCCCAUGCCGGGGUGCAAGGCCAGGCCUUCGAAUAUACGACACAGUCCGGCAGUAAUUUCCAGCAAGCACCUCAAUACCGAGAGCGUGCACACGAUUACAAGUCUGCGGAGAAGUACUAUCACCAUCAUCCCGCACUCCUUCACCAUCAGGCGUCUUCUCCCUUGACGAGCUUGUACGCUACCGACAAUCUCAAUCGGCUUCCAACCGACUCGAGCUCCAUGCAGCAGGACGAUUUUUCGCAAGUUCCCAUGAAACGAGGUCGGUUCGAUUCACAUGCUUACGAGAGGGACGAGCAUCAACAGCAUCACGCGGGAAGACCAGACCUCAACGAAGAAAACACGGCCGAUGCAGAACCUCCGGCAGAUUCUAUGAGAGGAGACCUCGAGAACGGACCGGUUUCCUUCGCGAGUGCAGAGUCGGCUAACUCUAUCUCGUACCAUGCUCAACAAACGAGCAAGCAAGAAAAUGCGUCGCCGACUGAGACGGACAAUGGCGAGGAACAUCCGAGCGCGAAUUUCGGUGGCGAGGAUGCGAACUCUCUCCAGGACCUCACAACUGCGGACGCUCCUCGAGAAGAUGAGAAUGAUGCCAGGAACUCGAACGCUCAGACUUCGAAGGAGUCGAAUGUCAACGAUUUUGAGUCGGAUUUGAGCUCGACGGUCGAGGGCUCUUCAAAAGUGGUCGAAGCGCCUUCUGACCCGGACGCACGUACUGACAAUGAGACGAUGAAGGGAGAUGCUUCGGUGAAAAGCGGUGACUUCGGUGUCGGACACGCCGAGCGAAUCCCUAGAACUAGGAGAUCGGCUCGCAUGCACACAGGUCGCAGGUAGUUCGCCCUACAGAAAAAAAU